CCGGUCUGUCUGACUGACUGCCCAACAAGAAAUGUUGGCAAAACACCCCCUCCUCAUCGUGUAGAGAGAGAAAAAUGGCGGACAAGCGCUAAAAUCCACAUCAGAAACAAACACACACGUUACAAAGCAAGAUGGGGGAAGAAGGAAAAAAAAAAAAGAAAAACAGGGAGCGGGCCGCUUUAAUUUGGACGCCAUCCCCCUUGGCGGAGGAAAAAGGCGCACUUCUGUUGAAAAGGAAAUCCAUCCGGAGAGGAGAGACGCUGCUAAACGGUUAUGAAGUUUUAAGAGUGGAAGCCACUGUUGUGUUGUGAGCUUGGUCAGUAUUGCUGGAGCAUGAGGAAACCUGUACCACAGAAAGCGAUAGAGUGGAAAGAUGCCAGAAGGAUCAAGCAUGCCCGGAGUGGACGGCCCUCCCGGGUGCCCUCACAGUACCAAGGGCAUUUCAGCUGGGAGAAAUACCUGAAAGAGACGGGUGCCAUCGCUGCACCCUCGUCUUGCUUCAGACAGAGCCUCACACCUCCACUUAACGAGUUCAAGGCAGGGAUGAAGCUCGAGGCCCAGGACCCGCGAAACACCACGUCAACCUGCAUAGCCACGGUGGUGGGCCUGACAGGCUCACGGCUGCGGCUGCGCUUGGACGGGUCUGACAACAAGAACGACUUCUGGCGCCUGGUGGACUCGUCAGAGAUCCAGCCGAUCGGCAACUGUGAGAAAAAUGGAGGCAUGCUGCAGCCGCCUCUUGGUUUCCGUCUCAAUGCGUCCUCCUGGCCCAUGUUCCUUCUGAAAACACUAAAUGGAGCUGAGAUGGCACCCUCUCGCAUCUUUCACAAGCAGGAGCCUCCUGCCCCGGAGCAGAACUCCUUCCAGGUAGGCAUGAAGCUCGAGGCGGUGGACCGUAAAAAUCCCCACUUUAUCUGCCCGGCCACAGUGGGAGCGCUGCGCGGUGUAGAGGUGCUGGUCACCUUUGAUGGCUGGCGGGGGGCCUUUGACUACUACUGCCGCUAUGACUCACGUGACAUCUUCCCUGUUGGCUGGUGCACCCUCACUGGAGACAACCUUCAGCCGCCUGGCACCAAAGUAGUGUUGCCUAAGAGCCUUGGGGCAUUGACAGACGGGAGUGUGGAGACCCCAGCCAUGCACCCCACCCCCACGGUGGGCAGACCUCCAGGUCAGAGAGGACGCAAGCCAGGCCGCAGGAAAACCAAGGUGACGGGGCCCUGGAAUCAGAAGGGCUCAGCAUUGGGACCACAGAGCAUCCAGCCAGGCAAAGGCUUGGAGCCCGUCAAGGUCCCCAAGAAACGAGGUCCCAAGCCUGGCAGUAAGUUGGGCUGGGCAAAGAGAGCUGGCUGGCUGGAAGAUGCCAUGGCUGGCCCAGGGCGGCCAGUGACCGGCCCAGGGCGAACCAGGGGCAGACUACCUGCCAACUGGGCACAAAGGAUAGCUCUGCAGCAGGCCCAGACUCAGGCAGAACCUAUCAAGAUCCCAAAGAAAAGGGGGCCCAAGCCGGGCAGCAAGAGAAAACCACGGGUGGUACCUAAUCCAGUCCCCACAUCUCCCACCAGCAGCACCCCAGAGCCCGACACUAGCACUGUGCCUCUGGACAAUGCCACAAUCCCCAACUCUGCACUACAGGCUCCCACAGUUUGUGUUUACCUAAACAAGUACGGCAAGGUGGGACCCCAUUUGGACCAGAGGCGUAUCCAGCAGCUCCCAGACCACUUUGGACCAGGCCGGGCCUCUUCUGUGCUUCAGCAGUGCGUUCAGGCUUGUGUGGACUCUGCUCACAACCAGGGCACAGUCUUCUCCUGCCUCAAGUCUGGACAAGGAGGCGAAGUAAUUUCAGCCUACUUUGAUCAGCAGCAGCACACCCUGACCCUGCCCACAGUCAGCAGUGUCACCUACGUUCUCCGCUUCCUAGAAAAACUCUGCCACAACCUUCACUGCGAUCCUCUGUUUGGCAGCCAGCCUGUAGCCAGAGGAGGCCUGCACUACGACAGUCACACAUACACUGCAGAGAGGAGAACUUUUGGAGACAGCCUGACAACGGGCCCUGGCAGGGGCAACAAGCGGUUCCUCCUGGACUACAACAGUCCCCUGCCUCAGAAACUGGCCAAAAUCUCCCGGCACUCCACUGAUGGCGAAUCCUUCAUGGAGAACAGUGUUGCCGUAUCAGAGCACUUAAAGAAGAGCCCUCUCUCUCCAAACUCUUCGGUAAAAACUUCUGGCCUGAGGUCUCCCUCCAAGCUGCUGCAUCAUAACAACUCUACAGGCUCAGGCAGUUUUCGAGAGAACCCGAGGCCGGGUGGUCCGGACCCCAACCUGUGGACAGUGGAGGAUGUCAUGCAGUAUAUCAGAGAUAUCGAUCCCGUGCUGGCCCCACAUGCUGACCUUUUCAGAAAACAUGAGAUUGACGGCAAAGCACUCCUCUUGCUGCGUAGCGACAUGAUGAUGAAAUAUAUGGGCUUGAAGCUCGGCCCUGCCCUCAAACUCACCUUCCACAUUGACAAGCUCAAACGGGCUUAAGGUCAGCCGACCAAUCGUAGCCUUCCAAAGGACUAAACUCCAACCCCGCCUCCCUGUUCUAGGAUCAGUAUAUCAUGCACUGCAUAUUGGACACAUUCUGACCAUUUACAUGUAGCAGCUUCCAUCAGAACAUAUCUGGUAUUAUAUACCCCUGUCCUGACCUCAUCCAAUGAGGAAUGUUUAUUUUGUGUAGCACAAUCCAGCCCUAAGGCAGCAUGGGAUACGUAGGAUUACCCACUUGUCCGUCAUCUGUUUUGCAUUUCAGUAUAACUUGAAGAGUCAUAUGUGGCCAUUUUAACUGUAAAGGGCUUUUUUGGCCUGCUUUUAUUAUGUUACAUUUAUUCUGAACAUUUCAUAUUUUGUACUUCAUGGAUAUAUGGACUUGUAUUUUUGCCUUUUUCAAUGGUUUGUGUGGGACAUGCUAAAAGAAAGAAAAGAAAGAAAACACUACAUUCAUCCCAAUAGUUGGGAAUGCCUCUGAUUAAUGUCUCUGUUUGAGGCACAAUUUUGCAACUACAACAAUAUUAAUUAUGGGGAGAAAAACAUUUUAUGAAGAAAAUAAAAAAAGAACACUUUAUUCUGAAAAUACUGCCAUGAGGAAAUCUGUUUCUUUUCUCUUAUUCUGGAUGUUGUUUACAAUGCCUUGUCUUGUCUUUGUUAUUUGUACUUUUUUAAUUUUUUAUACUAUAUUAUUAUAGUUCCUACAUGGAGAGCCCUAUCAUACUUAACAUUGUUCAAUAAAUAUAUAAUAAUUCAA